AUGGCCUUACAGAAGAAGUUCUCCAGCAACGAUAUGGAGCUGAUAUCGAUCAGCAAAGUUAACAGUAAUGGUGGCGGUAGCGGUCCACCGAGUGCGACCACCGAUCCGAACGGGAAUGGGCUGGCAAGCAUAAUGAGUGUCGGUGGGUGUGGCGGUGGCAGUGGCAGUAACAACAACAGUGUGAAAAUGCCAUCCAAAAAGAUCCAGUUCAGUAAUCCCGAGUUUAGCAUUACACCGAUCGAAACGCUACCCGGAAGCACGGUACGGCCAGCACCGAGCCGUCGCAGGGAGGAAGCGAUCGUGAUGGCAAACCUCCGAAAGCGUGUGGCAGCUUGCGAUUUGAACAAAAACGUACGCAAGCAAACGGGAACCGGUGGUGGUGGAAAUUUGGACGACAUCAGCAUCAACGAUACUGGACAAACGCAGGAUGCCCUAGACAAUCGUCCCCUGCUACCGAAAUCCACACCGACCGAACAGCGAAAGGAACGAUCGGGAGCGAAGGUGAACGGUACGGAAGCGGUUGCCAGUGGUAGUGGUGGUGGUGGUGGUGAAGAUUCCCCCAAGGUGAAGAUUGUUAUGGACAAGGAGUUCAUCUUCGAGUGUCUCUGCUGGCAUAACGAGUAUCGGAUGCGGCACGGUGCACCGGCACUGAGCGUUUCGUCAGAGCUGUGUGAGUACGCGAAGCAGUGGGCCAACCAUCUGGCCAGUACCAACGAGCUGUACUACCAGAUCGGGACGAACUACGGGCAGAACAUCUUCUGCUGUCCAGCGAAUAGUUUGCUGACGGAUCUUUCUGGUCAAGAGGUUGCAACAUACUGGUAUAGCACCAGCCGACGGUACGACUACUUCAAAGAGCCUCAUCUUCUCCACACGAACGUCAACACCGGGCACUUCUCGCAGAUGGUGUGGCGCGCCAGCCGUUACUUCGGCGUCAGCAAAUCCAUCUCCAAAACGGGUAAGCUGUUUGUGGUCGCCUACUACUAUCCGGCCGGCAAUGUUAUGGGUGAGUUCCGGCAGAACGUACUGCCACCGAUCGUGACCAACGAUCAGGAGGGUGGCCAACAGGCACCGCACCUAUCCCGACCACCAUCCGCCAAGGAUCUGGAGAAUCUGAGUGCUUCCCACUGA